UUUUUAUCGCGAUCGGCGCUUGCGUGCCCCAGCGAUUUGAACGGCAGCGGGUGCCAAAAGUGCAGCCACAGCUUGCAGAACCUGCGCAAGCACCCUCGCUUGCAAACAAAAAUAGUGCUUGCAAGUCCUCCAGCGAUAUGGCGGCCCACAUCAUCGGCUCCAUAGGAGGCACGCAAGCCGACAGCGUGCCGAUCAAAAGAGCGCUCCUCUCGGUGAGCGACAAGACCGGCCUCGUGGAGCUGGGCAAGGCCCUCGCGGCGAAGAAUGUCGAGUUGUUAAGUACCGGUGGCACCGCAAAAGCACUAAGAGCCGCAGGCUUGACAGUGCAGGACGUCGCGGACUACACGGGCUUCCCCGAGAUGUUGGGCGGCCGCGUGAAGACGCUCCACCCCAAGGUACACGGCGGCAUCAUGUACGUGCGGGGCAACGCCGAGCACGAGGCCUCGGUCAAGGAGGCGGGCAUCAAGGGCAUCGAUCUGGUGGUGUUGAAUUUAUAUGCCUUCGAAGCCACGGUAGCCAAAGGCUCGGACUUCGAGACCUGCGUCGAGAAUGUUGAUAUUGGUGGGCCGUCAAUGCUGCGGUCGUCAGCUAAAAAUCAUCGGUACGUGACCAUCGCGACCGCGCCCUCCCAGUACGCCGAGUUGAUCUCCGCACUAAACAAGGACGGCUGCACACCUUACUCGUUGAGAAAGAAGUUCGCCGCCGCGGCCUUUGCCCAUUCUGCUCGUUACGACGCGACGAUCGCCUCGUGGUUCGCGGGCCAAUUGGCCAACGAACCGGACGCGGCGCCUGCACUUUUAACGCGGUCCUGCGAACUCUCUCGCCCCUUAAAGUACGGCAACAACCCCCACCAGAAGCCCGCGGCGUUGUACCGGCCGCUCGGAAGCACGGAGCCGUUCCGGGUCCGCAACGGCGCGCCGGGCUACAUCAAUAUGCUGGAUGCGUUCAACGCCUUCCAACUGGUUCGAGAGCUAAGGAAGGCCCUGGACCUGCCGGCGGCGGCGUCGUUCAAGCACGUGAGCCCGGCGGGCGCCGGCCUCGGCGUUGCAUUGAAUGCGUCGGAGUGCAAGGCCUACGACAUCGCGGACCCGGCCUCGUUGACACCGCUCGCGACGGCCUACGUGCGCGCGCGCCAGGCCGAUCCCCUCUGCAGUUUUGGCGACUUUGCCGCUUUGUCUGACGUCGUCGACGAGAACACGGCCUUGGUCCUCAAGAAGGAAGUCUCCGACGGUAUCAUUGCUCCGGGCUUCGAGCCGAAGGCCUUGGAGAUCCUGUCAGCUAAAAAGGGCGGCAAGUUUGUCUGCGUCGAGGUCGAUCCCGACUACACGCCUCCAACCCUAGAGUACCGAGAAGUGUAUGGCGUGGGCUUCGCGCAGAAGCGGAACGACCGGGAGAUCACGUUGGAUGACGUGAAGACCGACGAAGUGAAGAAGGGGCCCAUGCCGCCGGACGCGCAGCGCGAUCUUGUUUUAGCGGCGAUCACGGCGAAAUACACGCAGUCGAAUUCCAUCUGCUUCGCGCGGGGCGGCCAGGUCGUCGGGGUCGGGGCGGGCCAACAGUCGCGCGUCGAUUGUGUCAAGCUCGCCGGCAAGAAGGUCGCGACGUGGUGGCUCAGGCAGUCGGAGGACGUAUUAGCGUUGCCCUUCGUCGCUGGGCUCAAGAGACAGCAAAAAGUGAACGCUCGGGUCCAGUACCUGGAGGGCGGUUUCGAUUCGUACGCUCCCCAAGAAAAGGCGGCCUUCGACAAACUGUUUGCUUCUGGGACGUGCCCUCCGGAGCUGACGUCUUCGAGACGCGCUGAGUUGCUUGGCCAAUUAACGGGCGUGUCGCUCGCCUCGGACGCGUUCUUCCCCUUCCCGGACAACAUGGACGUCGCCGCCAAGUUCGGCGUCAAGUACGUCGUCCAGGCCGGCGGCUCGGUCCAGGACGAGGCCGUGCUGGCCUGCGCGCGGGGCCACGGCAUGGCCAUGGCCAUGAACGGCAUCCGCCUCUUCCACCACUAGGCAGUGGUGUCUGAUUUCUGACCGGGGGCUUGCUAAGGAUCCCGGAGAGACUCCCG